UUUCCGAUCGUCAAACCAAGCUGGAGUUCUUUUCCAAAAUGGCGAGCAAGUACACGUGUCUUUUGACAAAGGAGUUGGCUGUUUUAUUGCUUUUAGCGCUUUGUUCGGCAAAUGUUGUCCACGGUGCUGGAAAGGUUCUUGUUCUAGUUGAUAAUAUAAACGUACAAGAUACACAUUCGAUCUUCCUAAACUCGUUAAAAGGUAUAAAAUUCAGCGGUCUUUCGUAUUUGUUGCAGCCAUGUAACAUGUUACUAUUGUUACAUCUUGCACAGACUACAGACAAUGCGUGUAUACUUUUACUAUAUUGACAUCAAGUUAAAAUUUCUUCUUGUUUGCAGUUGUAAACACUUAUGUAGUACCUUGUUUAUAACUGCAUUAAUAGUUGGCACAUAGAAUAUAAUAUAAAAAUGAACCCAAAAAUAAUAACAUUGUUAUUGUAUAAAUAAUAAAUAAAAGCUGUAUUAUUGGGUCAUUCCAGAAAAGAUCCACACUCCCAAUACAAAGGGAAUUUCUGCUGUCCAGAGAUAGCCAGGAGUAAUUCUCUUUCUAAAGGGGUAGACUUCCAAUUUCCUUUAUAUGGGGGAAGUACAUGGAUGUUUUCUGGAAUGACUCGUUAUAUAGAGAAUCAUAUUUUGCAAAGAGUAUCUUUUGAUUUGAAGAAAAAGGAUUUGAACUAACGAUCAAGCCAGCUGACGAUGCAAGCCUUAGUCUGAGCAAAUAUGGAGAAUUUUUGUAUGAUCAUUUGCUGUUAUUAUCACCAUCAGUAGAAGGUACACCAGUUUUUUCUAAUUGCAUCUAAUAAAAAGUAUGUUUCAAAUAUCAAGACUAAAUAUUCUAAUUUUGUUUUAAUUGUUUCUAAUGUUACUUAGAAUUUGGAGGAUCUAUAAGUGUGGGCGCUAUCACUGAAUUCAUCGAUGCCGGCCACAAUAUCCUUGUUGUAGGAAGCUCAGAUAUUGGUAAGUUCUGUUAUUUUUCUGUUGCAUUAUAUGUCACAGUUUUGGAGUAUAUUCUUGCCUACUAACUAUGUGUUGUUUUUAAGGGGAUCCAAUUCGGGAGCUUGCUGGGGAAUGUGGUGUUGAAUUUGAUGAAGAGAAAACAGCAGUUAUUGAUCAUAUUAGCUACGAUGCCUCGGAUGAAGGCGAAGUAUGUAUAAAGUCUGGAAAUGCUGAAUAAAUAGGGAUGCCUAGAGAUUUAGCAGUUUUUAGAUUGUUUCAUUGGAGACAGCUCAUGUAGGCACAAACAAUUUUAAAAGAGUUAUUUAUUGUCAUUCAGCACACCAAGAUACUGUCAGCUCCGUCAAACCUUCUCAAGAGUCCUUUGAUUGUCGGUGAAACUCCAGCAGAACCACUGCUGUUUAAAGGUGUUGGGUAAGCAAAAUGUUUGGGUGGAUAUUACACAGAGACGGAUUUUCAUAUUUUUGUUCGGGGGGGUGGAUAAAUAUCUGGGGGGUGCUGCUGCUUGCUUUGGCCGGGGCGUGGUAGCAACGCCCGGAAAGGCCAAGGAAAAAGUUUAACAAAAUUUGUUUUCUAGGCCUGCAUGGCGAGAUCUGAGACCAUAAUAUUGGUAAUUUUACAAAUUUAGUUUUGCACCACCCCCCUAAAGGCAUUUGGCACCCCCGCAAAUUACAUAUAUUUUGAUUUUCUGGGGGGGUGCCUGAUAUUAGAUGUUUUCCUAAGUAUAAAUUUCCUAAGCAUUUGCUCGAAUUGUCAAAGUUUGUAAUUGUUUCUAUCUUCAGAUUGUUGCAUCAUGCAGAUGCCAGCAGAUGACAUAUAGGAGUCUUCCUAAAAUUUUUGUUUUAUGUUUUUAGAAUGACAGUAGAUCCAGACAAUCCACUCCUUUUAGAAGUGCUCACAGCUUCAUCAUCUUCGUAUUCCUACCAUGCUGAUGUACCCAUAUCCGAGUACCCUCAUGCUGUCGGCAAGAGCACCUUGUUGAUUACAGCAAUGCAAGCUCGAAACAAUGCUCGUGUUGUGUUUGCUGGUUCUUUAGAUUUCUUUAGUGACGAGUAAGAAGUCAAAUAAUUAUAGUACAAAGAUUUUUAAAUGUUAAAGGGUUUUCUAGGCGGAAAUUUCGAGUCUAAAUGUUACUAACACAUUAAUAAUUUUUGUACCGUAAUCUCGUCUUUAGGUACUACCAGUCAUCUGUUCAGUUUGCAACUUCUGGAGGGGCAAAGUGAGUGAACACCAUAUACAUUCAGAAUGAUCUAUUUUUUAAAAUCUACCUUUCAAUGCCUCGCUCUAAUGUACACACGUAAAAAUGCAGAGCUUGUAACAAGUCUGCAAACAAGUUGUUACAAGUCUGUUCACAAGCUGUCAACAAGCUGUCUUCACAUUGCUUGUUCCCAGUUUGUUCUAACAAGUUUGAAACAAGCUGUUAACACUUUGUAACAAGCUGUUAACACUUUGUAACAAGCUUGAUGGCAUUAUUAGCCUUGUUACAAGACUGUGCUUUCAAGUUUGUUACAACCAUGAUAUGACAAGGAUGUUACGAGGUUGUCAACACAAGGUUCUAACAAUUUUGUUAUAUCAAGCAUGUAACGGACUUGUCAGAACAACCUUGCAACAAGUCUGAUAACUUUGACAAGGUUGUUACAAGUUGUCAACAAGUUGUUCCAAACCUGUUGACAACUUGUGACAAGCAGUGCGAAUACAUCUUGUUGACUGCUUGUUGGCAGACUUGUUACAAGAUGUGAGAAUUUUACGUGUGUAGAUGAACAGCAAAUGUUGUAUGAGAAAUCUCUGGUUUAUAUAUAUAGAUUCCCAAAGUCUGGCAACCAACAAGUAGCCACAGCUCUGGCUAAUUGGGUGUUCAAAGAACGUGGUGUACUUCGUGUUGGUCAAGUUAAACAUCACCUUGUGGGAGAAACAUCUCCACCCGCUGCUUAUACUAUUGGAGAUGAUGUUGUAAGUUUCCAGAAAAUUUGAAUUGAACAUUUCAGUAAACAUUCCAGGCCAACAGAAGAUACAACAAACAGUGGUCAUCUUCAGAAAUAUUUAACUUAUAGCAUCAUGGAAUGUCAAACUGUACCAUCAAUGAUUCAAUUGUUUUCUACUAAACUAUGGUGCAAUUUGAGAUCACUGCAUAUUAUUAAAUAGGAUAUUAGUGCUCAGUAUUUGCAAAUUUUUUCACGUUUUUAACAAUUUUUUGUUCUGUUUUCUUGUCUGACUUAAUUGAGGUGAUGUAUUCACAUAUUCAAAAUUCGUCUGAUUUACAUAUAAACACCUCAAUUUUCUCAGUUAAAAUCACUUUUUGGAUAUUUUCUUGUUGAAUUUGUGUCCGUGCUAGACAUACAACCUCGUUUGUAUAUCUGAUACAACACAGCUGUUCAUGUUGUAAAUAGUACUUAUAUAUAUUCAGAUGUACAGUAUUGAGAUACAAGAACUUGUCAACGGAAAGUGGGUUGCAUUCAAGGGAGAUGAUGUACAAAUGGAGUUUGUGAGAAUUGAUCCUUUUGUUCGUACUACUUUGAAGAGAAAAGGUAGUUAGAACUCUUUUGGAUGUCUUUAGAGUUUUACGCAACUGACUUGCAAUUUGUUAUCUUAUUUACUUGUUUACAACUCAUGUUGUUUACUUGUUUACAACUCAUCUUGUUUACUUGUUUACAACUCAGUUUGAUAGUUUGUAAUUUGUUCGUUUUACUCAGACGAAAUAUUUUUUCAUUUUUUCCAGACAACAAAUUCUAUGUUCAAUUUAAACUCCCUGAUGUGUAUGGCGUUUUUACGUUCAAAGUCGAUUAUGAACGUGUGGGGUAUUCUUUCUUACACAGCCGUAGUCAGGUAUGGAAUGUGUUUCAUAAAGUACAUAGAAAAAUAUAUGUAUGAUUACCCUGGCAUCAUGAGAGCGCACGAGCACCGCUCACUGGCAUAUUUUAAAGUUGUGAAUUUUGCUUGCGGUUACAAAGUACCAUUAUAAAUGUUGAAGCAAUGAAACAAGAUAAAUCCAUAUCUUGUAAACGUGUAUUUCACAAGUGAAAUUUAAAACUUUUAUUUAUAGAAAGUGAAAGUAGCAGUGGCGAAGCCAGCCCGACAAUUUGGGCAUGCCAUGCAAAUUUUAAAUUAUCAUUAUUCAUUUCUUUACAAAUUGAUUGUUUUCACGGUGUAUGAACACGGAAAUAUUUGCAUAGCAUGACCAAAUUGUCGGGCUGGCUUCGUCACUGGAAAGUAGAUAUGUAGUUGUAUUUUACAAUGACACUCCUUAAAAAGAAUGAACAUCUACUUAACUACCCUUAGGAAAUUUCCUAUACGGUAAAAACUUUUUGUUUAUUCAUUUUUUUCUAUUUUCUUUCGUUGAUCAGAUGUCCGUGCGUCCUCUCCAACACACGCAAUAUGAGCGUUUCAUAAUCUCUGCCUAUCCUUACUACACCAGCGCAUUUUCAAUGAUGGUUGGCUUGUUCUUUUUCUCCUUCGUCUUCCUAUAUCAUCGCAACGAAAGCAAGACCAAAGAAGAUUAGAACUGUACAACAAAAUUGCGUUGUGUUUGUAAUAAUUUAGUGUAGAAUGCUUUUAAUAAACUGUUUUCAAUUUUA